GUCUGGACCGGAUCGGAUCGGACCGGAGUCCGGUCAGUAGCACACGAACGGUCAACCACAUCAGAAGAGCAGCACGUCGCUGUCCGCGCUCUCCUCCUUUUCAGCGAAACCGAAAACGAGAACGGAGCAACAGGUGCCUGCCUGUCUGUCUGUCCGUCUGUCCGUCUGUCUGUUUGUGGAUCUGGUGCGCGCCGGCCUUCCGGACCAUCCGAAAGAUGAGAGGUGCCGAGCGGUGCCUGCUCAUUCUGAGCGUCGCGACGCUUUCGUUGAGUGCAGACGCCGUUUCGUCGAGAUUGCCCCGAACGAGUGCGGGUCAGUUGGCGGCCGCGGCGGCGGCUCAGAACAAAACAGUUUACCAAUUGAGGAAUACGAACGGAGUCGGGGGCAGUGCCACCACGCCACCCGCCAACGGGACUACCAACAAGACGCUGCACUCCACUGUGGGACCGCCGCCGGGCCGAGGGGCCAGCAACAGAGUACGGGAACAAUAUUUGUACAACGUCUUCGAGGCGAUCAUCUCGACGCUGGAGACGAAACUGCAACGCAUCGAAAACUUGGACAAAGCGGUGGAACAUUUGAUGCGUCGCGUCGAAGGUUUGGACACCAGAGUCAACAACAACAUCGACAAAACGGAGUCCGUCAUCUCGAAGCUGCGCAACAUCGAUUCCAAACUGUUUCAAAACACCAAUCAACUUCCCUUCUUAACCAACACCAGGAAAAAGUCCGACUCUUUGAUCGACAACGAAAAUGAUUCGUCCAAUCUAAACAGAAAGUUGAUAUCUUUGGACGAAAAAGUGAGCGAAAUCGACGACAAGCUCAACAUUUUAAAGAACCAACUCGACAACAAUUAUCUGCAGAACGAGGACAUAAACGUCGAGGCGAGCGAAAAGAAACCCAUCAGCAUGAACGUGAUCGAAAUCACGAAAGCCUUAAACACCGAAGUGAUCAACCACGUCAGUAAGGAACUGGGCCAGCUUCGCGAGGCCACGGGCAACGUCGACAGGAAGCUGCAGUUCCACAUAAAUUUGGUCUCUGAAAAUCUGGGCAAAGUUCUGAACAUGAUGACGGACGUCCACCACGCCGUUGUCGGUGACGAAAACGGUCACUUCUUCAAUCGCACGUCGGCCGCCACCACAACAACCACGACUCAAAGGCCCGACGUCACUAAAAGUAACAAAAUCGAUGUUCUGGUGCAGCAAAUGAGGCCGAUCAUUUCGGUUUCUGAAAAAAUGGACGAAGUCUGGGAUGUGGUGGUCGGUACGAAAAGUUCGGUCGACGAUCUGGUACCGAAAUCAGACGAACUGUUGACUCAGACGCAGCGACAGGAAAGAGCCAUCGGCGAAAUUCACAACGAUCUUCGCACCAAAACGAACAAAAUCAUUGCGAAUUUGGACAAAGUAGAGAAACGACUGAAGAAACAGGAGGACGAUGUCGCCACCCUUGCUCAAAGACCGGUACCGGCAGAUCUGCUCCUGGAAGACCCGAUCGACAGAAUCGAGGACUACGAAAGCACCAGGUACAUUGAAGACUUCGUCACUGACACAACGUUACCGGUCGGUUUUACCACUUUGCCACCGCCGACCAUAAUUACCACACAACAAACGGCAACGACGAUCUUGGGCAACAACAACGACACCACCAAAGUAGGAAACGCGACAGAAAAAAGAGUCGAGAAGAGAAAAGGAGGAGUGAUUUUCCCAAGUGUCAAGAACAAACCGGCUCCUAUUAAUUCCACUUUUGUCACUGGCGAUUUGUUGCCAAGUAUUCGAGAUGUCAAGGGAUAUUCUUGUGUGGAUUUAUUAAACGCGGGAAUGCGAAAUUCCGGUGUGUAUUAUCUGCAAAUACGAGGAACAACUUAUUGGUUUUUGAAGGUUUACUGCGAGCAGGAAAUUGCUGAAGGUGGAUGGACUGUGAUUCAAAGACGCGAUGACUUCGGAAAUCCGAGAGAAAACUUCAACAGGGAUUGGAACGACUACAAAAACGGUUUCGGCGAUCCGGCCAAAGAGUUUUGGUUGGGCAACGAAAACAUCUACAUGCUGACCAACAACGAGGAGUAUUCGCUCAGAGUUGAACUGGAAGAUUUCGAAGGGAACAAAAGAUACGCCCAAUAUGCACAUUUCAAGAUUUAUUCGGAAGGGGAGUACUACAAAUUGGAGAUCGACGGAUACGAAGGCAACGCCGGAGAUUCCCUGAACGAUCCUUGGUAUGGAAGCAACAACAGCCCGUUUUCCACGUACAACAGGGAUAAUGACAGAUCGAGCUUGAAUUGCGCAUCCAUGUUGAAAGGUGGCUGGUGGUGGAAAUCUUGCGGAAGAGGGUUGAAUGGUCUUUAUCUUAACGAUCCUCAAGAUUUAACAGCACGACAAGGUAUAGUCUGGUUCCGUUGGAGAGGAUGGGACUACACGUUGAAAAAGGCCGUCAUGAUGAUCAAACCGAAGGGAUUCGUGGUCGGUACUUAAACCAUCCGACGAAAAUUCCUCGUCAUUUUUUAGCCAAUUUAUAAUCACCGGUUCCGUUUCAUCCCCAUCAUAAAUAUUAUCGUUUGUAUAAAAUGCACACACAUCAUCAAUCAUUUUUUAUGUAUGUAAUUUUGUGUAUAUCUGCUAUGAAUAUUUAUUUAUGCAUAUCGCACCGUGAAAUUCGCAUCUUGUAAAAAUUACCUCGUAAGUUAUAAAAAAAAAAAAAAAAAAUGUAAAGAGAAGAGGUUACAGACACACCAACAGAUAUCUUAAAUCUUCGUCAUCGUCAUCUCGUUUAUAUAAUUGAAUAAUACAUUCGAAGAAGACAUAAUAUGUACGUAAGAAGCCAAAGUUUUAUUUUGAAAUGAACGUAAUUUGUGUAUAUUUAGAUAUCACAUUAGUGUGUCUGUAACAAUUGUUAAUAACUGUUAACUUUACCACAUGUAUUAUUAAUUAGAUUAGAGACGACAUUAUUGUUUUGCAGCAGCAGCAGUGCUUCACAUUAUUCGACUUAUUUAUUAUUAUAUUAUUAUUAUUAUUAUUAUAUUUUUGUAAAGAGAGAGAAUAUAUAUAUUUUAUAUUUUUUAUAAAGUUAAUUUAUUUAUUGUUGACGGAGGCUUUUCAGUGGCAGACAGCACUACUGCUGUACAAAUGUUAGGUUUACCUAUGUUAUCAACUUCAACAAACACUAUUUUGAGGCUAGGCAAUUAAAAUUGCCAACAACACGUAGUAAUUUAAACUAUUUUACUUCUUUUGAUCGCACGAUUUUUUAUUAGUUAUAGAUAUAAUAGAACGACUAACCACACACAAACACACCACCAAACUGCACGUAUAUUUUAUGUUUAAUAUUUUACACACGUUUUACACACAAACUAACCCUGACUUAAAAGAGAACAGGAGAAAAAUCCGCUGAUUAUAAAUUGGAAUGUAUUUUAUUUUGUGCAAUUUGAACAAAUUGAAUUCAUUCAAAACGUGCAUUUGUGUAGCGAAAAUGAAAAAUAUUUAAAAUAUGAUAAAGAGAAGGAACUGUAAGACUGUGAAACUUAUAUCGGAUCGGAAUAAGUUUUUUGUUAGUGUAAGCCAGAUAAUACUUAUUUGAAUUUAUAGGAGGAAAAGGCCAACGGGACGCGAUUCGCAAUUCACUCUAGAUUCUGUGCCUUUUUUCCAUCGUAUACGGUUGUUGUAAAUAAUAUGAGUAUUUCAGAGAUGUAUAAAUUAAAUAUAUAUUUUAAUAUUAUAAACUAGAUUUAAAUGUC